UCAAUCUACAAGUGAGAGACUUCACUUCGGACACGUCAGUGGUGGAUAAGGACUGGAGACUUUGAUGGAAUGUGGAUCUCUUCACAAUAACUUGAACAUAAGAAGAAAACAUGACAUCUAGUGCGUUUAGGAAAGCGUGACUAACUCGUGCGAGUAUUCUUGUUGAUCCGGAGCUUGUGAGAAGACGCACAAGUUGAAUUGAUUCUAUCGGACGGUAUUUCGACCUUGUCUGGAUGUGGUCACACAGUUUUUCGGGUGAAGAUAGAGGGAAGUUUGAAAGGACAUAUAAUGAGAAUAACACACUGCUAGCGGUACUGAGGCUGCGGGCUGCAUCUGGAGCACACGCGAGGAGAGCAGACAGAGGCGCGCGCUUCUGCUGUAGACAGAUACGUGGGAAAGAGAAUAUGUAGAGCCUGCUAUUUCGAAGUAAACCAUGGUUUACCAUUGAGCUUUCUUUGAGGAUUUAAGGACAUUUACGAAAAAACGGUUGUUUAAAAGAAGUUGACAGCUCAUCUUCUAUGGAGUCCCAUUGCAAUUUUGGAGACUCGUUGUGGGACAAAAAUGGACCGCACGAACGGACUGAGCUCCAGGAUUAUCGUUGUGUUGCUCCACAGUAAGAUGUAGCCUGUUGUGUGUUCUUGGUGCUUAUGGAAACUUAAUUGCUACAUUUUCAUAAAACAUAGGCUACAGAUGCCACGUUUCAUGCGUAAAGAUACGGACGAUGUAUUUAUUUUGUUGUUAUGAUGCGUGUGCAUUUCAGUUCAACAAUAUUGCAACUGCAUGUCUACAUUUCCAUCACCGUCCAAAGCGUCAGGCAUCUUGUCCAGUGCAUGUGCCCUGCAGUUGCUUGUCCUGGAUGGAGCGUCAAUAAGGGCACGAAUAUAAUCACACGGACACGCCUCGGCAGUCAUUAAACAAAUCAGAUAAACACAGUGUUAAUAUGAUCAAUAGACUUUAUCGACGAGCCCGUAUAUAAGGCUAAUGAUUGGCCUAGCCUCUGUUUACUGAACAUGCCGGCGAGAAUAUGUUGUGAAAUUUUCAGAUGACUGCUGACAGGUCAUUGAAAUAGACAUAUGAUAAAGCAGAGUAAAAGUUUAAGAUUCGUAGGUACAUCAUAUUAAACUCUUCAAUAACAGAUGGAAUAUCCAUAGUUGAAAACUGCUGCUCUGACAGUAGAAUGUCUUUGAGAAUUCAUGAACAGGGUGCAUUUUUUGGCUCAUUUAUAAAGAGUGCUUUUUGAAAUAUUUAUAGACACUAUUCUGCAGGAUGAUUGCUGUGAUGAGCAUGGUGAACCAGCCUCCAGACUUGAUGGCCCCCAGGCAAGCGGCCAAGGGUUCAUUUUCCUUCUAAUUGGCCUGAGUUCAGGUGAUUGGAAUUAUGGGGUGAUUUCUAUCUCUACAAGCUGACAGAAACAUGGAUUUGAACUUCUCCACGGUCCGCGAUAGCGAUAAUUUGCUGGAGAGAGACUCAUCCAAGCGCGUUCUGACAGGCUGUUUUCUCUUUGCGCUCAUCCUGACCACACUGCUGGGGAACACGCUGGUAUGUGUUGCCGUCACCAAGUUCCGCCACCUGCGUUCAAAGGUCACCAACUUCUUUGUGAUCUCUUUGGCCAUCUCAGACCUGCUGGUGGCCAUCUUGGUGAUGCCAUGGAAGGCAGCAACGGAGAUCGUGGGCUUCUGGCCAUUCGGUGCCUUCUGUAAUGUCUGGGUGGCGUUCGACAUCAUGUGCUCAACAGCGUCCAUUUUGAACUUAUGUGUCAUCAGCGUGGACAGAUACUGGGCGAUCUCAAGCCCGUUCCGCUACGAGAGGAAGAUGACACCCAAGGUGGCGUUUAUUAUGAUCAGUGUGGCAUGGACGCUGUCUGUGCUCAUCUCUUUCAUCCCUGUGCAGUUGAACUGGCACAAGGCUGCGGCGUUGGAGCUCAACGGCACAUACGGUGAGCUGCCGCCGGACAACUGCGACUCCAGCCUUAACAGGACCUAUGCCAUCUCCUCCUCCCUCAUCAGCUUCUACAUCCCUGUGGCAAUCAUGAUCGUGACUUACACCCGGAUUUACAGAAUUGCCCAGAUACAAAUCAGGAGGAUCUCAGCACUGGAGAGGGCUGCGGAGAGUGCCAAGAACCGCCACAGCAGUAUGGAGAACAGCUCCAACAUGGAGACGGAGAGCUCCUUCAAGAUGUCUUUCAAAAGAGAAACCAAAGUCCUAAAGACCCUCUCUGUCAUAAUGGGGGUGUUUGUGUGCUGCUGGCUGCCCUUCUUCAUCCUCAACUGCAUGGUACCCUUCUGUGAGCCCAACGGCCCCUCUGAUUUCCUCUGCAUCAGUCCCGGCACCUUCGACGUGUUCGUCUGGUUCGGCUGGGCCAACUCCUCACUCAACCCCAUCAUAUAUGCCUUCAACGCGGACUUCCGCAAAGCGUUCUCCAUCCUGCUGGGCUGCCACAGACUCUGCCCGGGCAGCAAUGCCAUAGAGAUAGUGAGCAUCAACAACAAUGGAUCCCAGCCGCCUGCGUCCCAGUAUCAGCCCAAAGGGCACAUUCCCAAGGAAAGCAACAAUGCCACCUAUGUGAUUCCCCACAGCAUCCUGUGUCAGGAGGAGGAGCUGCAGAAGAAGGAUGGGGUUGGGAUUAAGACCUUGGAUAAACUGUCCCCGUCCCUUUCUGGGAACUUGGGCAGCGAUGCCGAUGUGUCACUGGAAAAGAUUAAUCCUAUAACUCAGAACGGCCAACACAAAACUGUGACAUGUUGACGGGUGU